CUGGCGCAGAGGGGCCGACGCCCUGCAGACCCGUCGUCGCACGGGCUGGUCUGUGGGAACGCCUGGGCAGCUCGUCGGUGGACUGGGUGGUGGGCUUCGGGCGUCCGUGUGGGAAAGGAGGAUCUGGGCCGGACGUUGGGUCAGCGCGGUGCUCGCGGCCGCCGGGUCCGUGGCCCGCAGGGCUGAGGGCUCCAGGGUUCGAGCACAGACGUAGACAGACGCGGGCAUCCGGAUUCUGCCCGUCUGCUCUCGUUUUUUUGAAAAAACGACAGCUUCUGCCCAAAGAGAAAAGCCACAUCUGCCUACGGAUGGAACCUGGAAAGAUUGUGCAAUGAAUGGUGAUACUCGGGCUGCAGUGGUGACCUCACCACCCCCGACCACAGCCCCUCACAAAGAGAGGUAUUUCGACAGAGUGGAUGAGAACAAUCCAGAAUACUUGCGAGAGAGGAACAUGGCACCAGACCUUCGCCAGGACUUCAAUAUGAUGGAGCAAAAGAAGAGGGUGUCCAUGAUUCUGCAAAGCCCCGCUUUCUGUGAAGAAUUGGAAUCAAUGAUACAGGAACAAUUUAAGAAGGGGAAGAAUCCCACAGGCCUAUUGGCAUUACAGCAGAUUGCAGAUUUCAUGACCACGAAUGUACCGAAUGUCUACCCGGCAGCUCCGCAAGGAGGGAUGGCUGCCUUAAACAUGAGUCUUGGUAUGGUGACUCCUGUGAAUGACCUUAGAGGAUCUGAUUCUAUUGCCUAUGACAAAGGGGAGAAGUUAUUGCGGUGUAAACUGGCAGCGUUUUACCGACUAGCAGAUCUCUUUGGAUGGUCUCAGCUUAUCUACAAUCACAUCACAACCAGAGUGAGCUCCGAGCAGGAACACUUCCUCAUUGUACCUUUUGGACUUCUCUACAGUGAAGUGACUGCGUCCAGUUUGGUUAAAGUCAAUCUACAAGGAGAGGCAGUGGACCGUGGAAGUACUAAUCUAGGGGUAAAUCAGGCUGGCUUCACGUUACAUUCUGCCAUUUACGCUGCACGCCCGGACGCGAAGUGUGUUGUGCAUGUUCACACACCAGCAGGGGCCGCGGUCUCUGCGAUGAAAUGUGGCCUCUUGCCAAUCUCCCCAGAGGCACUGUCCCUUGGAGAAGUGGCUUAUCAUGAUUAUCAUGGGAUUCUGGUUGAUGAGGAAGAAAAAGUUUUAAUUCAGAAAAAUUUGGGGCCUAAAAGCAAGGUUCUUAUUCUCCGGAAUCACGGGCUUGUAUCCGUUGGAGAGAGCGUUGAGGAGGCCUUCUAUUACAUCCAUAACCUUGUGGUUGCAUGUGAGAUCCAGGUUCGAACUCUGGCCAGUGCGGGAGGGCCAGACAAUUUAGUCCUCCUGGAUCCUGGGAAGUACAAGGCCAAAUCCCGUUCCCCCGGGUCCCCGGCAGGGGAGGGCAGCGGAUCGCCUCCCAAAUGGCAGCUUGGUGAGCAGGAGUUUGAAGCGCUCAUGCGGAUGCUGGAUAAUCUGGGUUAUAGAACUGGCUACCCUUAUCGAUACCCUGCUCUGAGAGAGAAAUCUAAAAAAUACAGCGAUGUGGAGGUUCCUGCCAGUGUCACAGGUUACCCCUUUGCGAGUGACGGUGAUUCGGGCACUUGCUCCCCUCUCAGACACAGUUUUCAGAAGCAGCAACGAGAGAAGACAAGAUGGCUGAACUCUGGCCGGGGUGACGCUGCUUCUGAGGAAGGGCAGAACGGAAGCAGUCCCAAGUCGAAGACUAAGGUGUGGACGAACAUUACACACGAUCACGUGAAACCCUUGCUGCAGUCUCUCUCGUCCGGUGUCUGCGUGCCAAGCUGUAUUACCAACUGCUUGUGGACUAAAGAGGAUGGACAUAGGACUCCCACCUCUGCCGUCCCUAACCUGUUUGUCCCAUUGAACACCAACCCAAAAGAGGUCCAGGAGAUGAGGAACAAGGUGUGCACCAACCGCCACCAGCAAUCGGUGGAAGCUGACAUUCGAGAGCAGAACCUACAGGACAUUAAGACGGCUGGCCCCCAGUCCCAGGUGUUGUGUGGUGUAGUGAUGGACAGGAGCCUCGUCCAGGACGCGCCCCUCUCUGACUGUACGGAAACAAUCGAAGGGCUCGAGCGUACAGAGCAGACCUUUAGUCCCGCUAAGUCUCUCUCUUUUAGAAAGGGCGAGCUAGUGACGGCCUCCAAGGCCAUCAUUGAGAAGGAGUACCAGCCCCACGUCAUCGUGAGCACCGCGGGCCCCAACCCCUUCAACACGCUCACCGACCGCGAGCUGGAGGACUACCGCAGAGAGGUGGAGCGCAAGCAGAAGGGCCCCGAAGGGAAUCUGGACGAGACUAGAGAAGACAAAGAAGAGAGCCCUCCGGAGCCCCUUGCUGCCCCCCACACUGCCCCCAGCGCCCCCAUCAAGCUGGAGGAAGACCUGCCGCAGGAGCCGGCUUCCGGAGACGACAGUGAUGCCGCCACCUUCACGCCGACUCUCCCUGACCUGUCCCCUGAUGAGCCUUCAGAAGCGCUCUGCUUCCCGACAUUGGAGGAGGAGGAGGAGGAGGAGGAAGAGGGGCUUUGUGAAGCAGGGGGCCCUCCAGGCCCCACCAGGUCCCCCUCGGCGGCCAUCCCUGAGCCAGUCACAGCCCAGGCGGCUGACGAGGCCGCCUCCCCGGCUGCCGAGGAGGGGGCUGCUGUGGACCCUGGCAGUGAUGGGUCUCCGGGCAAGUCCCCCUCCAAAAAGAAGAAGAAAUUCCGCACUCCCUCCUUCCUGAAGAAGAGCAAGAAGAGGAGCGACUCCUGAAGGCCCUUCCUGCACAAACCGAUGCCACCAGACUGUCCCCGAUCGUGUCUCAUGCCCGUGUCUUCUUGUGUAAUGGAAUGCAAAAGGCCCACCCCUGUGUAGCUAGCGCUUCCCUCGCGGCGUGACCAAAUCCCCACGGAGACCGGUGCUAACCUUGUGUGCGCAGCGGCCCGGCCUGCAGCCUCAGGUGCUGGGGGAGACUUGGUCUCUGCGUCCACCUCGGAGCCCUGCCCUGCAGGGACCAGCACCUCGGCCCAUCUCAUGAGCCCCUCGGGGACACGCUGUCCCCAGGGGCUUAGCUAAGUCCAGGUUCUGGCUGGAUCGGGGGCGGCCCUGCCAGCCCUGGCCUCGACCGCCCCUGCCCCCCUCCUCUUGUGAAGUAACCCGUGCCCCGUCUCUGCUAGCCUCCCUUCACCCCGGUCUCGGGUCACUGAGUCAGGCCUGUAGCUUCUUGCUGGCAUUUUCUGCUCAGUGAUCUCAUCUGUUUGGAUACACAAAGCCGUGGUCCUGUGAGAACACUCGUGUCCCCGCCAACGGCCCAGGCCACCGUGGCGGACUUUGAGAGGCGGGUUUGGGCUGAGCCGGCAGUCCCAGCAGCGGACGGGCCUGUGUACACCCAGGUAACCUAUGCAUGGUCUCACCGGCCCCCAGCGGCCAAAACCAGACUUGCGGCUCCAUUCCUUACUCACUGGGGGCUCUCGAUCCCCGUCGUCGUAGGGAAGGUGCAUCAGGAGGGGAAGAGUGCUUUCUAGAUGUCCUUUCAGCACGUCUGCAGUUCACCCUACACGCUGUGAGUGAACGGUCCGCGCUGUGCUUCGUUCUCUCCCCAGGGCCUGUGGCAGAGCGCAGCAGGGCUCCGUGCGCUCUCCUGGGGGGUCUGCUCUUAACCUCGGCUCGGCGCAGCCUGGAGGGUACCCUCGCUUCGAUAGAAGGCAGUUCAGGGUAGGAGUUGGCCCCAGGGGUCCCACCUGACGCCCUGUGCAGCCACUGGCGGAGCCCACCUCCCGCCCUCCAGCGCCACGGGGUGAAGUUCACUGCACUCACAUCCCUGGAAGAUAGCGGCUAGCUGCUUAGUGGGAACUGGUGGGUGGCCAGGUGUCUCUUCGACAGUGGCCUGUCCCAGGAGCUCCAGUGCCAGCCUGUCCCCCAGACAGGUCCCCAGGAGGGGGGAGGGGCCCUUGGGGGACCCAGUGCCCGACGUGGGCUCAGGUCCCACACGCUCGACACCCAGGCAGGACCUGAGGCGGCUGCAUGGCGCUGACCUCCGCGUCGAGCUUACUGGCAGGCAAGCCACUUCUCUCCUGUGUAUCGUUUCAUUGCCAAGAUGGUGGUAGAGUUCUCCACCCUCACCCUGCACUGCACCUCAGUUAACCGCGGGCUCUUCCUUUUAUCCCUUCCUCUGACCCCACGUAUGCGAUGACUUUAAUUUCAUUUUUGUAGUUUAACUCUUUGUAUUACAACAUGAAGUUUAGUUGCAUAUACAGACACAGGCUUGGGAGGACAAGUUCUACAGCCUUUCUUCAUUGUAACAUGUUUUACUCACAAAUAAAAUUCUUUAAGCAGUU